CCCUCCUCCAAAGAGGUUGAGGAAUCCUCCGAGAAGAACACCACCCCUCCUCCUCACCGCCCUCUCCACUCCCUUCCCAGAUCAGUUUCUCCACGUAGCAACCACUGCUCGUAGGGACUGGGGACCACCAUUGGGGCGAGAAAGGUUGGAUUCAUCCUAUUCUUCAUUACCCAGUCCUCCAAGAAAGAUGGAACCUGCCCUUGUGGAUGAAAAACUAAUUCCUUGGGAGUUAAACAAGUUUAAGUUGAAUCCAUUACGUAAUGGUGGUGUCAUUGCUUAUUAUCAAAUCAAUAAGCUUUCAGAUCUCACUGCAACUGCUCAGUUAGCACCAAAGGAUAGGCCUCUAGUCUGUCUGCAUCUGAAAGAGUCAGAAAAUUUGCCUAAGAUAUCAAUUAUGAAUCUGAGGCAUCGGAAUAUUUUACGAGUUGAAGCUGUACAAAAAUUGGAACUGCCGUUCUCGAACCAGAAAAACAUUGCUGUUGUUGUGGAGCCUCAUGAUGGACCUCUCACUUGGUUUUUAGUCAGAUUGCUUCUGACCGAGAAGGGCAGUAAUGCCGUCCCAUCACAGUCUCUUAGAGAUGUUAUAAGACAAAUUGUGGAGGCUAUUGAAGAGCUCAGAAUAAAUGGAGUCUAUCAUGGCAAUCUUACAAUACAUAAUAUAUACCAUUCAAGAGUUGGUGGUGCUAUUGUAGUGAAGUUGGUUAAUUUUCAAAACAGAGAUAUCGAAUUGGAGGCUGCACAGUUAAUGGACUGGGUUGGGCUUGGUAAUAUUCUUCAUACUAUUUCAAUUGCAGCAAAGUUCAGGUAUAAUACUGCCUCGUGCUCCAUAAUUGACCAUCUGGCAUCAAAAUUGAUGGCAUUAACAAGCAUUAACUGUCUUCCGAGUAUAAAAAAGGGUACACUAGAUGAUAUGUUACAAGGGUGAAGAACCACGCGUGGCCACUACCAUGGGACAGUAAGCAUUUUGGACUCGUAAAGGCCAUGAACGACUACCGUGAAGAAGUUGCGGUAAGAGAUAAACACAAGGGAGUUAAUCCAGGUCCAGAAGUUCUGAAACAGUAUCAUUACAAUGGACAAGAUCCAAUUCACAAUGUACAGUGUAUGAGCGGAGCUUACACUCACCAGGACAAAAUAGAGAAGGACAUUAAAGAUGAUAAAGACAAGCGAAUGUCGGUGGAUGUGGCUGUCCAGAAGGAGCAGCCAGAGUUGUGUCUUGCCCUACGUAGGUUGCUCGCAGGGGAAGCCUUCUAGAAGAAGGCAAUGAAGAAUGUUUUCACCUUUGUGGUGUGAAAGCGAGGUCGGUUAUGCUUAUGCUUCUUGUGGCAGUAAUUUCAAUACCUAGGAACAAUUUUCUGCAAGGCUGAAUAUUAACACGAUUUUGAUAUAAUGUGUUGUACACCUAUCUCAUUCGUGUUCUGUUUUUUGACAUAAUGUGCUGUAGAGUACACCUGUCUCGCCUUCUAACUGCAAGGCCAGGUUGGGGAUGUGGGUUUGGUGCCUUCUGUAGUAUUUGAUAUUGCUUCUUGUGAUGGCAUCUCCUUUUUUAUGGUUUCUUUUGCUUGUGUGGUACUGAAUC